CAGAGUGGUGACUAUCGCUCGUAUUUACUGAAGGGGGGACCCCGGAAUAAUAACGUGUGAAUUUUCCGCGAAAAACAUCCCCCACUUGUGUGUAUUGUGUGUGCAGUGUGUGUGUGUGUGCCACAUCGCGGUAGAAUCACAUCAAUUCGCCCUGUGAUCAUCAUUGCGUUAGACUGCUCGGAAGAAGGCUGACGGAAUUUUUUUUUCGUUCGCCAAAUUCGCGAGCACUGGACCACCACUAAUUCUGCCCGAUUUGGAUGGAUACCGUGCAUUAUUUUUGGAGUGCACCGACGUCGCCGUCAUCCUGACCUGCCAGAAAAAUCCUCAUGAAAGACUGGGAACUCAGUACUCAAAAUAGCAUCGGCAGUGCGGUGGCUGCAGCCGACACCAUUUCCUCGCCGUGGACCCCUGCGAGUUCCGGGCCGCCGCCCGACGCCAACGGCUCCGGCUCGGAUACGAAAAACCUGGACGUCGGGGAGAUCAGUGAUGACGAGAAGGACCUGUCGGCGGCGGACGCGGAGGGAGUGUGGUCACCGGAUAUCGAGCAGAGCUUCCAGGAAGCUCUCACCAUAUAUCCGCCAUGCGGUCGACGCAAAAUUAUCCUCUCAGACGAGGGCAAGAUGUAUGGUCGCAACGAGUUGAUCGCACGUUACAUCAAACUAAGGACCGGUAAGACGAGAACGCGAAAGCAAGUCUCGUCUCACAUACAGGUCCUUGCUAGGAGAAAACUUCGAGAAAUCCAGGCUAAACUCAAAGUGCAAUUCUGGCAACCGGGCUUGCAACCAGGAACAUCACAAGAUGUCAAACCGUUCCCGCAACCGGCAUACACAGGAAAACCAGCGACGGCGGUCACAACCGGCGACAUGGUUCAAGCACAACCACCACCACCAUGGGAAGGACGUGCCAUUGCAACUCACAAAUUAAGACUCGUCGAAUUUUCGGCCUUCAUGGAACAACCCAGAGAUCAAGACAUGUACCAUAAGCACCUGUUCGUCCACAUAGGAGGUUCGGCGACGUACGCGGAUCCACUCCUCGAAGCAGUGGACGUAAGGCAGAUAUAUGACAAAUUCCCGGAGAAGAAAGGCGGCCUCAAGGAAUUGUAUGACAAAGGACCACAGGCGGCUUUCUUCCUCGUCAAGUUCUGGGCGGAUCUCAACACCAAUAUUCAGGACGAAGCGGGAGCUUUUUAUGGAGUGACGAGCCAAUACGAGAGCAACGAGAACAUGACGAUAACGUGUUCGACGAAGGUUUGCUCGUUUGGCAAACAAGUGGUAGAAAAGGUGGAAACCGAGUACGCCAGGUUUGAGAAUGGAAGGUUCGUUUAUCGUAUCACCCGCUCUCCCAUGUGCGAGUAUAUGAUCAAUUUUAUUCACAAACUGAAGCACCUACCUGAAAAAUACAUGAUGAACAGCGUUCUUGAGAACUUCACCAUCCUCCAGGUUGUGACAAAUAGAGACACGCAGGAAACGUUACUUUGCACAGCGUACGUCUUCGAAGUCUCGACGUCCGAACACGGUGCUCAGCAUCACAUAUACAGACUAGUCAAAGACUAGACUGUUAUUAACAAAAAAAAAAAAAAAAAAAAAAAAAAUAUGCUCGUCAUGCAGCCAUCCACCCCCAUCAGUGCCUACCACCACAAAAAAAAAAAAAAAAUAAUAAUCAUUUCAUAACAUCUACACAUCAAUAUACAUACACAAAAAAAAACAUAUAUACACAUACACACAAAAAAAAACAUUUUUUUUUAUAGCGACUCCAAGAGCUCGCCAUGAACAAGAAUUAUACAAAAAAAACGUGCGCGAUUGAUGAACGAGAUUUGAUUUUUUUUUUUUUUUGCAUACGAUUAGAAAAAAAAGUCCCCCCCCCCUUUCGCCCUCUGUUUUUUUUUCUCUUUCACAGACAAUCGGUGACCGUGCACCUAAAAACCUUCUGUGUUAAAUAAUUUUUUUUUUCUAACUCAAAAAAAAAAAACGGAAAAAUCGCUCGUAUCGAAAUUUAGACAAAAUAUUAAUAAUUUUGUGAAAAUGUGCAAUUUUUAAAAGAAAAAGAGAAAAAUUAGGAUUUCGAAUUCUAAAACACUUGGAUUUUUUUUUUUUAUCGAUAUUUUGAAUAUCAAAUAUUUAAGAUUUUAAUUUUUAUGUAUAUAGUUAUUAAUUGUGUAUUAAAUUUUUUUCACUAUUGGAAAUUAUAGUUUUGUAUUUUUGAAUUUUUAAAUUCGAAUUUUUUCUUAAAUAUUUUCCAUUUCAAAAAACGGGAAAUUUAAUUUUAUUCCUUAUUUGUUUUUAAUUUUUUUUUUUUUCUUUUAUUUUCUAUUAUUUGCCAAAAUAAUAAUUAAUCUUUUUUUCGAAAUUUUCGUAUUGAUUUCAAAUUUUUUAAAUAUUCGAAAAAUAUUUGUAUCUCUUUUCUUUCUUUUUUUUAAAAAAUAAAAUUUCUUUUCAAAAUUUUUGUUUCGAAUGUUUGAAAAAAAAAAAAAAAAUCGAGUGUUUUUGGAAUUCGAGAAAAUUUCACAAUUCGAUUUUUUGGUGAAGAAAAAAAAAAAAAAGAAAAAAGGAAUAAA